AUGCCGCCUCGUCGAGCUGCGACGGCAAACGCGAGCGAGAGCAGCUCGAGGACGACGAGAGCGCGACCUCCUGCUAGAGCAGCUGCCACCACGACAAAAAGAUCCACACGGGCGUCGAUCGCAUCAGCAGCCUCGAACGAUGACGAGGAUGAAGAUGACGAGGAGGAGGAGGCCGACGUGACUAUUGUAAAGCCUCGCACUGCGCGUGCCCCUCGUGCGGCCACCUCUCGUCGACGGGCCGUCAAGGAGGAGAGCAGCGAGGAGGAGAUGAACGACAGCGCGGAAGAGCAACAUGAUGAAGAAGAGAGUGAGGAGGAGGAGGAAGAGGAAGAGGAAGAAGAGCAAGAGGAGGAGGCGCCCCAAGCACCGCGGGUCAAGAAAGCUGCUACGGCGUUGAAGCCUAGCAGCGCUUCGACUCGCUCUGUUCCUACCGCUGCCAAGUCUAAGCCGCCCUCGCGCAAUGUCAGCGGCGCUUCACAGCGCAGCAACAGGAGCGCCACGCCAAGGACCCCUUCUGUUUCUCUGACAUCUGCGGAGGUCGCUUCUGAAGGUCCGCUGGCCGGCACACCAUUCUCCAUUCGACGUCCCUCGGCACCUACAGCACCGGAAGCUCCCAAGACGCGUCUGACCAUUCACAAGAUGGUGCUAAAAGACUUUAAAUCGUACGCUGGCACGCAAGUGAUUGGGCCCUUUCACAAGAGCUUCUCGGCUGUCGUGGGUCCCAACGGAUCGGGAAAGUCGAACGUCAUCGAUGCUCUGCUCUUUGUCUUUGGCUGGAGGGCCAACAAGAUGAGACAGGGCAAGCUGUCUGAGCUGAUCCACUUGUCUGCUGGACGAGAGAACUUGCCAAGCUGCACCGUCGAGGUGUGGUUCAGAGAGAUUGUCGAUCUGCCUGGACCCAACGCAUACAAAGUCGUGCCCGGCACUAAGCUCGUCGUCGCUCGUACCGCCAUGCGUAACAACCAGUCCGUCUACUCGGUCGAUGGCAAGAAGAGCAACUUUACGGAAGUCACUACCUUGCUGAGAGGAAGGGGCAUCGAUCUGGACCACAAGAGGUUCUUGAUCUUGCAGGGCGAGGUCGAGAGCAUUGCUCAGAUGCCACCCAAAGCCAAAGGGGAGCACGACGAGGGACUGCUCGAGUAUCUCGAGGAUAUCAUUGGCACUAGCGAGUACAAGGGACCAAUCGAAGAAGCUGCAAAGAUGGUGGAUGAUGCCAAUGAAGCCCGCAGCGAGCGCCUGGCCCGCCUCAAGAUUGUGCAAAAGGAGAAAGAUAACUUGGAGGCCAAGAAGCAAGAGGCGGAAGAAUUUUUGAGAAAUCAAAACGAGCUGGUGCAGAGGCAAUCGGCGCUUUGGCAAGUGUACAUGCUCGAGUGUCGCGAUCAGAUCAAAGUGGCGAGCGCUGCUAUCGAGAAGCUGGAAGCGCGUCGACAAUCGGAAGAGGAAAAACAUGCGGGCAGCAAAGCCGAGAUUCAAGCAUUGGAGACAGAGUACGAAGAGGUGCUGCGCGAAUUUGAAGCGGUGGCGAAAGAUACAGAGAGGGUGGUGAAGGAGCUCGCGCGUUUUGAGAGGGAAGACGUCCAGCUGCAAGAGAAGCGCAAGCACCUUGAUGCCAAGAAAAAGAAGCUGAACAAGUCGCUCACCGAGGACAAGCACGUCAUCUCCGAAGCUCGCGCUACGUCGAGCAACUCGGCAGAAGAGAUCGAGACUGUGGGCGCCGAGCUCAACAAGCUGGAAUCCUCGCUCAGCAAGGAAGAAGCCGAGUUGGACGACAUCCGGGAAGGCCUCAAGGGCAAGACGGAAGGGUUCACCGCUGCGAUCGAGAAGAAGCAGCGGGAGCUUCAGCCUUGGGCUGCCAAGAUUAGCGAACGUCAGAAUGCGCACGACGUGGCUACCGAAGAACGUAAUUUGCUCGAGGCACGCGCGCAACAGGCCACGAAGGAGGCAGAUGCGGCCAGAGAUGCCGUCAAGGAGAUCGUGGCGGACAAUGAAGCCAAGAGCGAGGAGCUCGAAAGUCUGCGCAAAGAGCAAAAAGAGGCGCAGCAAAAGGUUGGCGCGUUCGAAGGCAAACUCGAGCGCAUGAAUGUGGAUGUCAUCGAGGCUCGCGCGAGAGCUCGUGCCGCGCGCAGCAAGGCCGACGAAGCCAAGUCUUCAGCGACGUCAAAUCGAUCCAAGAGCGAAGUGCUGAAAGCUUUAACGCGACAGUCUGACCUGGGAAUGCUCAAAGGUUUCCAUGGGCGACUAGGCAGCCUAGGCACCAUCGAGGAAAAGUACGACGUGGCUAUCAGCACGGCUUGUCCUGGUCUGGAUAACAUGGUGGUAGAUGGCGUAGAGACUGGUCAGACAUGCAUCGAACAUUUGAGACGAAACAAUUUGGGACGCGCAAAUUUCAUCCUCCUCAACAGUCUGGGCAAGGUCAACAUGCAGCGCAUCGCGACGCCCGAAGAUGUGCCUCGCCUAUUCGACUUGGUCAAGCCGAAGGAAGCGCGUUUUGCAGCGGCAUUCUACCACCAGCUGAGAGACACGCUCGUUGCCAGGGAUUUGGCUCAUGCAAAUCGCAUCGCCUACGGAGCCCAGCGCUGGCGCGUCGUGACGCUUGAUGGACAGUUGAUCGACAAGAGCGGAACAAUGUCGGGCGGCGGUGCACGAGUCGCCAAAGGAGGAAUGAGCUCCAGAUUGGAGGAAGGCGUCUCACCCGAGCAGGUGGCCCGUCUCGAACGAGAGAGCGAAGCGGCAGAGGCCUCGGUCCAAAAUCUCGUGCAGUCUGCCAAGGAUAUGCAGAGCUUGCUCGACGGUCAAAAGAAGCGCUUGCCCUUGCUCGAGAUGGACAUUGAAAAGGUGGCGAUGGAUGUCGAGGCGGGACGCAAGCGCGUGGAAGAAGCCGAACACCGCGUUGCUGAGCUCACGUCUGCAGCGGGAUCUUCCAACGACGAUGCCGAUGCGAGUCGAAUGGCCCAGCUAGACACUUCCCUCUCGAAGAUCAGCAAGGAUCUGGCCGGACUCAAGGAGAAGAAGAGCGUCAUCGAAUCCGACAUUGCCGUACUACACGAAAAGAUCCUGGAAGUUGGAGGGGUGCGCUUGCGCACGCAGAACGCCAAGGUCGACGGAAUCAAGCAGAUGAUUGAACUGAGCAACGAGCGCAUCACCAAGGCUGAGGUGACCAAAGCGAAGGCCGAAAAGGACAUUGCCAAGCUGGAGAAGAGCAACGCGGCGAAUGGUGAAGCGCUAGACGCUUUGCAGAGCGAGCUGGACGAGCUUGGUGCGGUGAUCGAUGGCAAGUCGAAAGAGGUUCGCGCUGUGCGAAGCAAGGUCGAGGAAGCGCAGCACGUCAUGGAGACGAAGCAAGAUGCAAAGGACGAGAUCAAAGCUCAGCUCGAGGGCAAGUCCGACUCCAUCAAUGCUUUCCGAAAGCUCGAAAUGGAGAUCAAGCAGAAGCUCGAAGAUAAUCAUCACUCGGUCGCGGACAAUACCAAGCGUCUGCAGCACUGGCAUGACAAGCACGCUCAGCUGCGUCUGCACCGCAUCGAGAGCGAUGAGGAUGAUGACGAAGACGACUCGGAAAGCGAACAAGGAGCCGCUGUAGAAGAUGCGAAGGCAGCGCGACCCGAUGCCAAGUCUAGCAAGCGCGUUCCAAAUGCCAAGAUCGCCAAGUCCAAGAGCUCCAAGUCGGACACGCCCGACGAUGAAGACGCUGCAUCGGACGAUAGCGUAGAUGAAGAGCUCGUGCUGCAAGAAUUUCCUCCUGACGAGCUGCGCGGCUUUGACAAGGAGAGCAUCAAGGCAGAGAUCAUCAUUUACGAAGAACAAGUACAAAAGGGUAUUGGCAAUCUGGCCGUGUUGGAAGAGUACCGCAAACGCGAAGCCGACUUUGUUUCCCGUGCCAAGGACCUCGAGGAGACUACCAAGCAGCGCGACGUGGCCAAGCAAAAACACGACGAUCUGCGAAAGCAGCGAUUGGAGCAGUUCAUGGUCGGCUUCAGCGUCAUUUCGGCAAAGCUAAAGGAGAUGUACCAGACGAUUACGCUGGGAGGCAAUGCGGAGCUGGAGCUCGUCGACAGUCUGGAUCCGUUCAGCGAGGGUAUCCUCUUUAGCGUCAUGCCGCCCAAGAAGAGUUGGAAGAAUAUCAGCAAUCUGUCAGGAGGCGAAAAGACGUUGAGUUCUCUUGCGCUCGUCUUUGCUCUGCAUCAUUUCAAGCCCACUCCUUUCUACGUACUGGACGAGAUCGACGCAGCGUUGGACUUUAGAAAUGUGUCCGUCAUUGCCAACAUGAUCGUCGCACGAACAGCAGGCGGUGCUCAAUUUGUGGUAAUCAGUCAUCGAAAUAAUCUGUUCGAGCUUUCCAACAGAUUGGUAGGCGUCUUCAAGACGGGCAAUCAGUCUAGAUCUUUGGCUGUUCACAAUACGGACCUGCACGCCCCUCAACAGGUCGGUCCGGCUUCUCUGCCCGGCUCCAGUCCCGCUUCUGGUCGGAUGAGCGCCCCGCCGUCUCAAAGGGGUAGCAGCGCCAAUCAGCAGAUGGGCGGCACGGGCAAGACGGGCACACAGAGCGGACCGAGAGCUUCCAACGUCAGCACUCUUGUGCCCCCUACACCACUGGCCACGCGAAGGAAUUAG